GCGACGGCGAGCCUCCUGCUCCUGACAUGUCUUCUCAAAUAUGGAGAGGUUGCUGCCUUGUCUGGGAGGUUCUGGCACAUCACAGAUCUGCACUGGGACUGGACCUAUAAUCUCACCAAUAAACCCGAGCGUGUGUGCGCAUCCAGUGGACAACAGCCAGCAGCCAACGCAGGGGAAUUUGGAGAUUAUGUUUGUGACUCGCCAUGGCACCUCAUCAACUCCUCUGUGUUUGCCAUGAGGGACAUUCUCCCAGAUCCGGAUUUCAUCGUCUGGACAGGAGAUAGCACUCCACAUGUGCCAAAUCAGGAUCUGGGAGAAACAGAAGUCCUCAGUAUUAUCAGCAAUCUCACCGACAUCAUAAACCAGGUCUUUCCAAGCACUAAAGUGUACUCUACCCUGGGCAACCAUGACUUCCACCCCAAGAACCAGCUUCCUGCAACCCAGAACCACAUGUACGACCAGAUAGCGGAGAUGUGGCGGGAUUGGCUGGAACCAGAGUCUCAACAAACCUUUAAAAAAGGUGGAUAUUACUCUGAAAAGCUGCUGAAUCGAGCAGGUUUCAGAGUGCUGGUCCUCAACACAAACCUUUACUAUGACCAGAACAACCUGACCAAGAACUUGGAUGACCCGGCCAGCCAGUUCAGCUGGGCGGAUCAGAUUCUUACCAACGCUGCCAACAACAAAGAGAAGGUGUACAUCAUCGGCCACGCUCCUCCAGGUUUCUUUGAGAAGAAGAGAAGUAAGGCGUGGUUCACACCCAAGUUCAACAACAAAUACUUGGAGCUAAUUCAGAAGCACCAUUCGGUCAUAUUUGGACAAUUCUUCUCCCAUCAUCAUACGGACAGCUUUCGCAUGUUCUACAACUCACAAGAUUCUCCCAUCAGUACAAUGUUCCUCAGCCCAGGGGUCUCACCAUGGAAAACCACACUGCCAGGGGUCGUGAACGGAGCCAACAACCCUGGGAUUCGUGUCUUUGAAUAUGACACUCAAACACUCCUGGUCAAAGACUUUGUGACCUACUACCUGAACCUGACUCGUGCCAAUAUGGCCCAGGCCAGCUGGGAGAAGGAGUACCGCCUCACCGAGAGCUUCAGAGUACCAGAUGCCUCCCCGGCCUCCAUGCACCAGGUCCUGGAGCGGAUCGCUAGCAGCCACUGCUACCUACAGAAGUACUACAAGUUCAAUUCUGUCAGCUAUGACCUGACCGAGUGUAACAGCGACUGCCGCAUUGACCACGUGUGCGCUGCCAGAGCGGUAGACUUUCACAGGUAUGAACACUGUCUGGAGGAAGAAGGAGCAGCCUCCGUUUAUGGUGGAUUGCUGCCAGUCGUCUCUGUGGCGCUGAGCCUGGUCUUGGCCAGCUGUUGA